AACACGCAUAUUGCCGUAAAAUGUCAGUGUUGUAAUCUGAAAAUCUGGUUACAAAAAUAUUAUGGAGUUAAUUUAACGCUAAGAAGAUAGGCACAUGUUUUAAUAUAAUGCAUUAUUUGGAAUAAAAGUAAAUAGUACGUAAACAAUUUGUAAUUGUUAGUCAACGAGUAAAAGACAUUAUCGUGUAACCUUAAUUGUCAUUCAUUCCUUGGACAAUUUUGUGUGCAAUAUAAAAAGUGUUUUGUUAAAUAAUAUAAUAUAGCCCAAAAUUGCUUUAAUACAUUUAUAUAUAAUUUCAAAUUCCUUCCAACAACUUCAUUAAUCAGUAAGUGUUAUUGUUAUUGCUGUCUUAGUAAUAAGGAAAAAUAAUGAUUCUAAAUAAAUACAUCUGAUGCCCAAAGCACAUUUCUGAAAGAAAAGUGGUUUUGUGUACACUCUCUGAAUAUCAUAUGUCUAAGUGAUAAUAAAAUUAUUAUGGCAUCCCAGGAAAAUAAUAUUAUUUCGGACUCAGGAGAGAAGUUGUCUCAACAGCAAGAAAUAUCUGAUUUAAAGCUACAGCUAAAUGCAUCGCAACAAACUAUAGCUAGCUUAGAAUUAAAAGUGAGACAAAAAGAAGAGGUUAUCAUAAAAACUCAAGCAGACUCAAUAAAGCAAACUCAAGCGCUGAAGUCUGACAUCAAAAAAUUAAAAGAGCAAUUAAAGGAGACGUCUAAAAUUAUAGAAAACAGUUCUACAUCAGAAUUACAAGAGGCUCUUAAAGCAGCCGAAGAAAAGGCUGCGAAGGCUUUAAAUGAUCUCCAUGACAGAAUUGAAAAGGAUCAGAAAAUGAAUCAAAUUUUGGAAGAAUAUGAAAAAACAAUAGCAAGUCAUGAUACUGAAUACAAAAAACUGAAUGACCUACAUGAAACUGUUAAGGGUAAUUUGGCAACUUUGGAAAUGGCAUUCCAUGACGUUAUUCAGAAAUAUGAACGGGCCAAAGCUGUUAUUGAGGGUUUUAAGGCAAAUGAAGAGGUUUUUAAAGAUAAUAUUGAAAGAAUGGAAAAGAAUCUUAAAAUGGAAGCCCAAAGAUACGAAUCUCUCAAGGCUCACGCGUCAAAACAAAUAGAAAAAGCAAAUAAAGAAAAUAUUUUCUUAAAGAGUCAGUUUGAAACGUUAGAACUGAAACAAAAUGCAAUUAUUAAAAGGUUGGAAAUUAAAACUGCAGCGCUGGAGAAUUCUUUAGAACAAAAAACAAAGGAGUGCGAGGAACUGGCAGCGUUAUGUGAUGAAGUAACAGGCAAAAAAGUGUAAAAAGUAAUUAAAAACUACUAAUGAUUUAUUGAUAACUCAUUAUUUAUUAUUUUAAUUUGUCCAUUAUUUUAUUAUCACUAAUAAUGUGAUGUUUAAUUUACUUAAGCAUAUUAAAGAUCUAUUUUAAUUGGUAAUUUUUGUAAACAUUUUAGCUGCUUUUUUGAAAUAGACAUGAAAAACAUGUG